CCUGCAUCCCUACUCCCACACAACCCAACUCUUCUCUUUCUCUGUCUAAAGAAAACCAUCACUCAAAACUCACCCCCUUUUUCUCUCUCUGGAACUUAUGUUCUAACGGAGUUGUCCAUUGGGUUUCUCUGUUCUGCCAUCUUUAAUCCCUGUUUCUCUCUCUAGAACUGUACUUCGCUUGUUUCUCUCCCUACAACUCUACUUUGCUGAAAGUUUUUCAAGAAACUUAGAUAUAAAAAAUGGUGCUAUCAAGAACCGCAUCAGAAAGCGAUGCCUCUGUGCACUCCACUUUUGCCUCACGAUAUGUCCGGGCAUCUCUUCCCAGGUUCAGGAUGGCUGAGAAUUCCAUCCCGAAGGAAGCGGCUUAUCAGAUUAUCAACGACGAGCUGAUGCUCGAUGGGAAUCCGAGGCUGAAUUUGGCGUCGUUUGUUACGACAUGGAUGGAACCAGAGUGUGAUAAGCUCAUCAUGGCCGCCAUUAACAAGAACUAUGUCGACAUGGAUGAGUAUCCCGUCACCACCGAGCUACAGAAUCGAUGCGUGAACAUGAUCGCCCAUCUCUUCAACGCUCCAUUAGGGGAAGAAGAAACGGCAGUUGGUGUUGGGACCGUUGGAUCUUCAGAGGCCAUAAUGCUGGCAGGGUUGGCAUUCAAGAGGAAAUGGCAAAAUAAGAGAAGGGCAGAGGGAAAACCCUUCGAUAAACCCAAUAUUGUUACUGGUGCCAAUGUAUAGGUUUGUUGGGAAAAGUUUGCAAGGUAUUUUGAAGUGGAAUUGAAGGAAGUGAAGCUGCGUGAGGGUUACUAUGUGAUGGACCCAAGAAAGGCUGUGGAAAUGGUGGAUGAGAACACCAUUUGUGUGGCUGCCAUUUUGGGUUCCACUCUCAAUGGUGAAUUUGAAGAUGUGAAGCUCCUCAACGAUCUCUUGGUGGAGAAGAACAAGGAAACUGGUUGGGAUACUCCUAUUCAUGUUGAUGCAGCUAGUGGUGGGUUUAUUGCACCUUUUCUCUAUCCUGAUUUGGAAUGGGACUUUAGGCUUCCCUUGGUGAAGAGUAUUAAUGUUAGUGGACACAAGUAUGGUUUGGUAUAUGCUGGUAUUGGGUGGGUUAUUUGGAGAAAUAAGGAGGAUUUACCUGAUGAACUCAUCUUCCAUAUCAACUAUUUGGGAGCUGAUCAACCCACUUUUACUCUCAAUUUCUCUAAAGGUUCCAGCCAGGUCAUCGCUCAGUAUUAUCAGCUCAUUCGCCUUGGCUUUGAGGGGUACCAAAAUGUAAUGGAGAACUGUAGAGAAAAUGCCACGGUCCUUAAGGAGGGUCUCGAAAAGACUGGGAGGUUCAACAUUGUGUCAAAAGACAAUGGGGUCCCUCUUGUGGCCUUCUCCCUCAAAGACAACAGCCGCCACGAUGAGUUUGAGGUGUCGGAGUACCUUCGCCGCUUCGGAUGGAUCGUGCCCGCCUACACUAUGCCUCCUGAUGCACAACACAUUACCGUGCUGCGAGUCGUGGUGCGUGAAGACUUCAGCAGGACAUUGGCUGAGCGCCUGGUGAUGGAUAUACAAAAAGCACUGCAUGAGCUUGAUGCCCUGCCUCCGAAGAUCACGGCCAAGGUUUCGGUCACGACCGUGGAGGCGACCCCUGUCAAUGGCGGGGUAGUGAAGAAAUCGGUAAUCGAGACACAGAGGGAGAUCACCACUGCUUGGAAGAAGUUGGUCAUGGCCAGGAAGACUAAUGGUGUUUGCUAGAGUGGGUGCAAAUGUUGCUUGCCAUCUCUUUCUGACUUUUGCUUGACCCUUUCUCUGUUUUUUAAUUUUUAUUUUUAAAUUUUCUUUAACUAUUAGGGUGGUAUGUUAUUUUGAAAGGCUAUAAACAUAGAGACGAGGAGCUCUUAGGUUUCAAUACCUACGAUUUAGAAUUAAUCGCUUGCUUGUCUACCAUGAGAGGGCAGGGAGCUUCAUAAAAUUCCUGAGAUUUUGAUUUUUUUUUUCCUAUUUGUGGACAUUUUUUAUGUGUCAAAUGCGUUGUAUUUAUCUUCAUAAUGAAAAGAAUAUACUGCUUUUAAAUAGCAUAAGACCAA